AAAUCUAUAUAUUAGGUAAGCACGCUUCAAUUACCAAUUAUUGCUAAUCCAAAGGCAAAAUGGCAAAUAAGGCUCGGCUACAAAGCAUAUUGUUGCACUUCAUUUUCAAUAUGGCGGAAGGCAAGCGAGCACCGAAGAAGAAAAAACUGACUGAAGCAGAGCUUUUCCUUGAGUUAGGAAGUACUUUAAAGACAAAGAAGAGAAAAAAAAACUUCUAAGCCCUAUUUCAUGAAAUUUCAGAGAGAUCCAGUAAGUGGGAGGAGAACUUUCAAAACCCCUUACCGUUCUGUACCCAGAACCAAUCGUACCGGCGCGAGCAUCUCUGCAGGUUAGCAUCGUUAAACUUACUGCCUAAGGCUUAAAACUAUGCUUGAUGAUCCAUGUUGGCAUUAAAAUGUGGAAUCCAGAUCUUGAACUUCAAAUAAUAACCAUUUAGAAAUCUACUAUUGCUCAGUCAUUGCAAAUGUUUGACCUAUAACAUGUGCUUCUUUUUCGAGUUUUCUACCAUGACAAUUCAAAGCCAGCAAUCUAAGUGUCGUUUACUAUAUGUUUAGAACUAUAACUUGUUGAUUAUAAAUAAGCUAAUUACUGCGUGUCUCUGAUGAAAUCAAGACCUAGGUUUGUUACCUGUAAUGAUGGCAUGAUACAGAAUUUCCUGUGGUUGUUACCGUUGUGUUGUUUAGAAGAAUACACUUAUAUGGAAGAUGAAGCCGAAAGCAUGGAAGCUACAGAUACUCUUGACAGUAUUAUCAAAGACACUGAAGAGAUUUUGGAGAGCUGGAAGCAAGAGAGGCUUAAAAAGGCUUGGAGUAAACGAAUGCAGGCAGUGAACAUUAGCUGGGAGACAUCCAGAAAACUACUGUUUGAAGCUGUUCUCUCGUCCAAGGCCACCAUUGCACAAACGUGCUCAGUAUGUCAUGGGAAGAACUCCAUCAUACGUUGUCAAGAUUGUGUUCACAAUUUUUUGUGCCAGUCCUGUGAUGAUUUUGUACACACAACUUCACCCCUGCAUGAUAGAGAAGCCAUCUUGGGUGGGUACUACCGCUCCAUUUUGCCAACAGAAUAUAUAGAUGUGACCGGGGCUUUAGCCAAUAAAAUGAGAUUUGACUCCAGCAUAGUUAGUCAUUAUGCAUGCAGUGUUUGUAGUACAGAGGUGGAUUGCAGCAUCACAGCAGUUGAUGUCAUCAGAAAUGGUUAUUGGCCAGGAACGCCCACAAAUAUAUGCCACAUUUUUUCCCAGGAUCUAUUUCUAUUUUGGGACCAGCUACAGGAACGAAUGCCAGGCGUAUCUGAAAGGGCUUUGAUGUCAAGUCUUGAAGACUACUCUAAGGAGAAAGGGAGGAUAAGAAAUAACUUCCAGAUAGAAUUAAGCAAUUUUGCAUACAGAUUGGAACAAUCAAUUUCUCAACAUUCAGCAGGAGCUUCAAGGAGUGGAAGUUCUGUUGCUAUGAAAUCGACCAGCUUGCUGAGAGAAAUUGGAUGGAGUGCCCUCCCUGCAGGGACAACACUCUGCACAUUCAACAGCAUUUAUGAAGGAUCAAAAGUAGGAGAGGCUAGAGACAACAGACGUGGUGAUACCGAAUGGAAGGCUGCCAGUAACAGUGCCCGUAAAAAAAGAAAUGUGGACGAGACAGGUUUAGAGAUACUUGGAUGUAGACACAGCAUUGCCCAAGCUGCUGUAAACAUGUACCAGGGAGAGCUAUAUGGGUAUGCCCAUUAUCUGCAGAGAACAUUUGUUAUACCAAGAAAAGUUCAAUUUCUAUGGUAUGAUAUUGUUGGCAAGUUCUGGCCUUGGGUUUGUAAGCAUGAUGUAGCUGCUACAGAGACAGUUAAGCCAGCUCUUUCUGUGAUUCAUGCAAAGGCACACAGUUGGAAAUGUCAGGUUAUAUGCUGCAGACGAUGGCAAGUUAAAGCAUGUGGAACAACUGGCGAGGAAGUUGAGCUAAUAAACAGCCAUUUCUCCAGACUUGGGAACAUGCUUCCAGAGAGCCGGGAUGAGGUUACUGACUGAGCAUGCUCUUGCUUGGAAUAAACGCAAGAUCCUACGUAUGGCUGACGUCAUCUGUAAGAGAUACCUUAAUGUUGUUAAGCAGUUAUCCCAUGCCAAUAAAAAGCUCUCGGCCCAUCUCAAGGAUAUUGGAGUAUCAGAGAAUGAAAUAAUUGGAUGGAAUGAAGAAGUUCAGAAGCUAAGGGGGAAGAGCAGAGACAUAAAGUGCACGGAAAGAUGUCUAAUCAGGAGAUGGUAUUUGUAGAGAGUGUCUUGGGGAAGACAGAACGUUCAGAACAGGAAAUCGGGCUGAUGCGUCAUGCUUCGGCACUAUACCGGAGGGAAUUUGCCAGGCUAAAGUCUAAUCCAACAAACAAAGAGAUACAAACAGAAUUAAUCAUUCCUUGAGAAGCAACACUUACUGUAAAUGUCAUUAGACAUUUGAAGGCAGCCAUGCAAAACGCUCAUUAUAGUAUCGCACAGCUGUCUUUGAACAUUGCAAAAUUAUCUGAUUCUUCUAAACAACGAUCUCGCCUGAGAAAAAAGAUUUCCCAAGAGAAACGUGGACUGAAGGAGCUAGUUAGUUCGUAUAAUCUGCUGGUGGAAAACUAUAUCUCGAUAGAAGACGUCGAAGCCGGGCUAUUUCCAUGGCUCUUCGAAUAUGAAGUAACCAACAGAUCAGGAAAGAUAUGCUACUGAUUCCGAGAAAGACAUUGUCAUCAGAGGGCAAUUGUCUGUCACACAGAUGGGGAUCGACUUCGCUCUUUGUCAAUUGGCUUGUGGUACUGCUGCAUUCAAGAAGUUCAUUGACGUUAACGCCUCCAGCGACGAUGACGAUAACGUAGAUGAUGACGGAAGUGAUGAUGACUUGUGGUUUGAAGGCGAAGAUAGCGACGAUGAGACCAAUGAUGUGGAUGUAGCCCCCGUCAUUAACGAAUGCUCCCUGCAAUCUAUGUCGGACUUAAAUAAGAGUUACAUCUGGAAAUAUCCUAAACAGUUUAGUCAGGGCAGCAUCGACGGAUGAAAUGGUAGUAACGCGUGCACCGUGAUAGCUCUUGUGAUAGGAUAUAAUUUGAUAAGAGAAGACCUGUCCUUUCCGGCCAACGACAGUCCUAUUUCUCCACUAUGGAUAACGUUAUUGCAUCAGUCCAUGGUGUCGGGAAAUAACGUGUAUGAUAGGUUCAAAGAUUCUCCAAAGUCGAGUUAUCUAUCUGUGGAGGAAGCUUGCGAUAUCUUGUCUCGUUGUUAUACUAUUAAAUCAGAGAGGCCAUUGCC